AUGGGAAAUGCUAUGGGAAGAGGAUCAAGAAGAAGCAAGAGAACAGCAAAAGUGAUGAAAAUCAAUGGCGAAACCUUCAAGAUAAGAACACCAACCACAGCCUCCCAAGUCACCACCCACCAUCCAAAUCACCUCCUCUAUGACUCCCAAUCCAUCACCCAACUCGGCCUCCGAGCCAAGCCUUUGGACCCUCAUCACCAGCUCAAACCUAAGACCCUCUACUUCCUCCUCCACCUGCCCCCUCUCCCCGGUAGCCAUCGCCCCUUGUCGCGUGUGCGCUCCGACCUUUGCUCGUCUGCCUCCGACCGCCUCGAGUGUCUUAUGCUCUCUCGUCGAUCGCUCUCCGACCUCCAAUCCUUUCGGUUGGAUCCCGAUGGGAUGUCGACUGCCUCUCGCCCUACUGGACCCGUGCAGAUCAAGCUUCGAGUGCCGAGGGAAGAAUUUGAGAGGCUGAUGAAGGAAAGUAAGAGCAAGGUAGAGGCAGUGGAGAGGAUUGUCGACUUGUGGAAAACGGGUGGCAUGUGUAGUGGUCAAGCGCGUGAGGUGCGUUUUCUAGCCGUUCUCGAUGAUAAAAUUCUAAUAGCUUUUUGA